GUCGAUUCUUUUGCUGAGUAUCAUCCGACUAAACUAAUACUACUUUUUUGGUAAUCUACCGACGUUUAUUUAUAAUCUUUUCACACGAGGUAAGACUUAUUUAUAUAAAACGUCCAAAUCCACGAUGGGGCUGUCGAUUCAGGUCAGAUCUGCCGUUGCGACUAGCUUGCUGGUAUUAUCGGGUCAGGUCAACUCAGCUUCAGCUUCUUCUCACACUACUAUGAGCGCUUCAAUCCGGUAUACUUCCACCUCGACUAUUUCCUUGGUGAGGUCGUCUCCUAUCUCCUCCUCGACUAUCGUCGGGCACGCUAUGCCAUCCAACUCAGCUAUCCCGGACGUUACCAACUCCAACACUCCUAUCGUGCUCGCCAUCGUCCCGGUCCGUGACUCUAUCAGUCGCAGGGAUACCGAGAAUAAACACCCUAAACACCAUGACUCUGAUAAGGAACACCACGACUCUGAUAAGGAACACCACCACUCCGACAAGAAACACCAUGACUCUGACAAGGAAGAUCACGACUCCGACAAGAAACAUCACCACUCUGACAAGAAACACCACCACCACGACAAGGGAUUCGUAGGCUCUACGCCCGCCAACCCACCUAGCUGUGCAGACGCAACUACCUUCGAUUUAACAGACGGUAUGAUUAGCAGCGGCGGAGAGUUCCUAACGACGCGCCGAGAUGUCCUGUACGAGCCGUUUACAACAUCUUCGACGCGCGGAGGCUCCGCAGCCGGCAGGUUCGACGUUGAAGAUGGAUAUCUGCGCUGGUACGACGACGGGUUCUACGGCGGGCGGGCGCGGUACUGCCAGAUGCCGGGUUCGGGACAGGUGUACGUCACGUUCCACAUCGACAGUACGUGGCCUGAGGGUUGCGAGGAGGUCGACCUUGAAGUGGGACAGGAGUCGUGGUGCCAGGAUGGGGAGUACAAAUACCAUGACGAUGAUGAAUAUGAGACCAAUGAUGGACAUGAGACCAAUGAUGGAUAUGAGACCGAUGAUGGUUAUAAAACUAAGGAUGGCGAUUAUCAUGAUCCCGACUACUCGUCGAGCACCGGAUAUACCAUCCAUACGAACUACGAGACCAGCUCCGAGUACGCGACCAGCUCCGAGUACGCGACCUCGACAAGCUAUGCAACGUACAGAAGUCACAAGACUCCCACCAGUCGCGCAACACCCACUGAUCCCGUCGGCAGCGCCCAGACUCCCACAUCCCAUGGCAUCUACCAGACGUACGCCAGCCCAACCGGCCAGUUCUGCGUCGAGACGCCGCUGUCGUGGGUCCUCGGCAGCCAUACCUUUAUCAGGGAUGAGCUAUGA